AAUAUGUGUAUACCAAACCCCUGCAAGAACGGCGGACAGUGUUUAGGAUACGAAGGUGGUCACAAAUGUAUUUGUCUUCCUGGUUACAAAGGAGAAAACUGCGACGAAAAGAACCCGUGCGAACCCAACCCCUGCCACAAUGGAGGAGCGUGUACAAAACAAGGAGAACACUACACGUGCUCUUGUAGACGGGGAUACACAGGCGAACAGUGUAAAACCGUUGACAGCUGUUUGUCCAAUCCCUGUCAACAUGGCGGUAGCUGUAAGGCGGAGGAAGGAGGCUUUGUCUGUUCCUGUCCUGCCAGCCACAGGGGGACAUUUUGCAACGAGAGGGAACCAUGUCAUCCAAACCCAUGCCACAACGGAGGAAGAUGUUUGUCAACAUCUGAAGGGUUCGUUUGCAGAUGUGCGACAGGAUACAGAGGAGAGACAUGCACAGAGGAAGAUGAAUGUCAGCCAAAUCCAUGUCAAAACGGUGGAAGGUGCAUGGCACAUUACUUUGGUGGUGGUUUCGAUUGUGAAUGUCCCAUGGGAUUCAGAGGGACCACUUGUCAAGACAAAGAUCCUUGCAGACCUGAUCCGUGUGGUCAUGGCGGGUUUUGUACAGAAAUCGGUGGAGGUUUUGCCUGCAAUUGUACUCUGGGGUUCAAAGGACCCACUUGCCAAGAUAUCGAUAAGUGUCAUCCAAAUCCAUGCGGACACGGUGGUGUUUGCCGGGAAGUUGUAGGAGGGCCCGGGUUUGCUUGUCAGUGCAUCUCUGGAUAUAAAGGCAUGCAGUGUGGCGAAAAAGACAGAUGUCACCCUAAUCCUUGCCUGCAUGAUGGCAUGUGUAUGGAGAUCAACGACGAACUGGGUUUUUUAUGCAAUUGCACAGCGGGAUAUCGUGGCACACACUGUCAAGAUUUGGAUCCCUGCCGUCCUAAUCCUUGUUUGAACUCCGGUGCCUGUCUUCACACGGAUGAUGGUUUUGUCUGCAAUUGUUCAAGAGGAUAUAAAGGAAGACACUGCCAAGAACGAGAUCUCUGCAAACCCAAUCCUUGUCAGUUUGGCAACAAAUGUCACCAAACAGGAGUGGACAGUUAUCAGUGCGUGAAGAACCUUUGUAACCCCAGUCCUUGUAUGCAUGAUGGACGGUGCAUUGAGGUCAAUGAUGAAGAUUACCUGUGUGCGUGUAAGCAAGGUUUUAGAGGAAAGAAUUGUCAUGUGGUUUGCAGUCCAAACCCAUGUCAGAAUGGAGGAACUUGUACCAAGAACAGAGAUUCAUUUGGUUGCUCGUGUCCAAAGGGUUUUAAAGGUCGCCGUUGCCAGAUAAAGAACCAUUGCAUCCCAAAUCCAUGCAAUAAUGGCGGUACGUGUCUUUUGGGAGAGGAAGGCAACUUCGUUUGCCGCUGUCCUGCAAGGUUUACAGGCGCGUUGUGUGAAGAAGCAUCAAAGGCGCAAAGACUUCGUCUGAAGCCUCAUAUUGACUACUGCACUCCCAACCCGUGCAAAAACAAAGGCAUUUGUGUCGUGGAGGAAGGAAAAGGAUAUAGUUGCUCGUGUGAGCCAGGAUUCACCGGUUUCCACUGUCAAGUGGACCACUGUAACCCUAAUCCGUGCAAGAACCAAGGGCUAUGUGCACGGGAUAAAGCCAGUCAUUACAAGUGCAACUGCCAUAAUGGCUUUUUGGGACGCAACUGUGAAGUAAAUUCUUGCCUCCCCAACCCUUGCAAAAAUGACGGAUUAUGUGUCACUGUUCGUGGAAAGGGUUACCAAUGCAAGUGUCGAGAUGGAUUCAACGGACCGCACUGUGAGAGCAAUCCAUGUUAUCCAAACCCUUGUAAUAACGGUGGCAGUUGCCUGGUCUUUUACACUGUGUACCUUUGUAAAUGUCCAACGGCUUACAGAGGAACACGAUGCAAUAUUCUCAUUCCACAAAAAGCUUUGGCCUCUCCACCACCUCCCGUACCUUCUGCCAAUUUCAUGACGGCGAUAUCCCCUGUGCGUAAGACAACGCAACACUUCAAAGAGGAAUGCCAGCAUUGUGACCUUAACGCGCACUGUGUGGGAGGACAUUGUAUCUGCAAGCAUGGCUUUGUUGGAGACGGCUUGGAAUGCUGGGUGGAGACCCCACGGGACAAGGACUGGACCUGUCUGGCGUCUCCGUGCCAGAAUGGUGGAACAUGCAAACCAGGCAUAUCUAAAUGCGUGUGCCGGCUGGGAUACGUUGGGGACUACUGUGAAUCCCAUUGCCCACCCUCAGUCCAUCUGAGUUUUGACAAGUAUUCCCAGAGUGCGUUGUUAGAUGAUUCCGGAAGUGAAAACAGAGGUUUCCUCGCCAACGGGGCACAAAUCGUUCCACAUGGUGGGAAAUGUGGUAAUGCAGCAAACUUACUGGGUGGAGAUGUUUUACUGGAUGGCGUACACUUUCAUCAAAUCCCCAGGGCAGGAAUUACCAUAUCAACUUGGGUUAAACUUGACACAAACAAAGGAAUACAAUCAAUAUUUGACACUGUUGGGAGCCACUCUAGGCACAAAGAUGGUCAGUACCACUUUGAGAUUGAAAAUGGAAAAGUGCGUUGGUUUCACAGAAACGAAAAUCAUGACACCAUAUUCAGUCUGCUGUCGCGGCCCGUAGUGAGAGAAGGAGUCUGGACACAAAUCACAGCGACUUACAGUGCAAAGAAACAACGGGCAAGAGUUUUUGUUAAUGGAGAUAUGGUUCAGGAGGAGAAAGGGCGAGGUUUUUUGUCUCAAGAUUGGGGAGGCAAGGCCGGAAUAGGUCGUCAUAAACAUCAAUUUGGAAAUCGCCUGUUACGAGGAAUGAUUGACGAGUUCUACAUUUUCCCCUGUGAGCUGCCACGCCUGGAAAUACUUGUGUUGAUGAGACACUGCCGCGUCUACUUCACACAUAAACCAAAGAAAGUGACAGAGGAGUCAUCGACCACACGAGGCUCUACCGCAAUCAUGACACCGCCCGUAAAUGGGCUACGAAAGAAUGGACCAGCCGCUUUUUACAGGCCUCAGCCUCAGAGUAUGAAUGCAAUAUCAUCAGCUUAUCAAAAAACACCUCCCAUAAAGGAUUACGUCGCCAAUAAUUUGCAGCAAAUACUGGCCAGUCUGAAUGUUGGUGUGCCUCCUCGUUAUGAUGUGCAGCUGCCAAUGCUCUAUAGACCACCUCAGGGGUAUUCGCUACCUCCACAACAGAAAAAACCACAAACAUUUUACAAACCUGCAUAUAACGCGAAAAUAAAGCCAGCAGCAGGUAGCUCACUGCCAGUGCCUCAUCUCUUGUCUGGUAAUAUGUGGAACAACCAUCCGCCUGGUGUGACUACUCCAUAUGCAACACAAGCUUCAAUAAGGCACGAUACUCCAGUUACUGCCCAGAUGGUAAAUAACAACCAUCAGCCAUCAUUUUCAUCACAAGCUUUGUUUAAUAAGCAACAAGUGAAUAUAAAUUCACUCCCGAGUGUGAUGGAAAUGAAUACACCAGGAAGCCAACGGGUUCCUUAUGUGCAAAAUGGCGCCGGAAAGCCUCAAAGAUUAAAUACUCUUAAUGUUCAAGAUGGACUUAAUGGACAAUAUGCAAAACAAGAAUCUAAGAUAACACAGCCCAACAUGUCUUUGAAUAGGAUGAAUACUAAUGCACAAUUCCAGAAACCAAUUAUAUGGCACAUUCCCUUGGGAGGUACGAGGCAAGGACUACCAGGAGGAUUUCAAGAGCAAUAUGCUAAACAAGAAUCAAUAACAACUCAGCCGAACAUGUCUCCCAAUAGAGUGAAUAAUGAUGCACGAUUCCAGAAACCAAUCAUAUGGCACAUUCCCGUAGGUGGCAUUAGGCAAGGACUUCCUGGAGGUCAGAAGCCCUUUUAUCCUGCUCUUUCGACAGGUCAACGACUGUUAGGACAAUCAAGGCCGAUAAGCAUCGGUCAGGGUAUGCCCUUGCAGAAUAAGACAGUAGGCAUUCAAAAUCCUUCCGGUGGAUCGAUACGAAAUUCUGCGUUAAGCCAGCAAAGGCAGAAAGUAAACUUCAUGCCUCCCCUUCGGGUUCCGAGUAACGUGAAAACUCAGUUUGGGGGAGUUAAGGCCCAGCUAGCAACAGCUCCCAGUCGACAACAAUCACUUGGAUAUAAGAUGGCCAUGCUUGAACAACCCAAUCAUGUCUUGACGAGCAACACUUUGACGACCAUACCAUGGCCGAGAAAGAUGGUCCCACCAAUUAAAAAACAAUUGCCUUCUGGUCACCCGUAUUAUGCCAGCUAUUAUCCAAAGGCGCCAUAUUCUUCAAAACUACAGCAAAGACUCCUUAUGCCUGCCUUAAGGACGCAGUCAAGUUUAAAGGGUCCGCUUUCGUCAACUACACGGAAGGGUGCCACAGGGAUUGCACAGCCUAAAAUUUCUCCAUUCAGGCCACAUUUGAUUUAUGGGCAAGCGUCUUGGCCCUGGGUUGCUUGGAGAAGUCGUGUCUUGCCUAUGGCACCAGCUUCAAGUCGGUCUUUCUCCCCCUUACGUCCUCAAGCUCAUGGUAACAAACCUCCAGCAUAUGCUCCAAAAGUUGGUCUUUUACCCAGUCUGCAAUCUUCUCCGUACACAGUGUCACCCCAGGUAUUGCUCUACUAUUAUUUUUAUCCUAAGACAAUUAGCAAGGCGCUGACAAAAGUAGCAAACAUCAAAGGAGAAGAAGGGAAUACAAACUUCUUACAAUCGUUAACGAAACAGAUUUCCAGUGCUGCCUUUAACAACAAACCGGGGGAAGUUACGACAUAUACAAAUCCUACAAUGACAGGAAAAACCGGAGGGAGGAUUUCAACAGAACAAACCAACAUGGUCACCCAGGUUAAUCCAAAACAACUCUCACAGACCCUUUAUACUCCAUAUUACCGACUUCUAACAAGCUUAUUGAAGACACCAGCGGCCCCUUUAACUACAAAUGCAUAUGGAAGGCAACAGCAACAUAUAGUACCCAUGAAGACAAUACCGCCAUCGGCGAGAGUCCCCUACGGCUCAUCUCGCAGGCCAUUUACAGCAAGCACACCGACACCUUACCAACAAGCCCAGGCGGAACGCAGAAGGUUACCUCCACAGACACAGCGACAGAGUCAAAGAAUGAACGACGAAAGAGAACUAGCAAAGGCACUCGCUCUGUUGGCGCUACCGAACAGAUGAUAGCUCGCAAAUUUAACUCGGCAAUGAGGAGAGAAAAAUUUGUACAAGUUUUCAUCAACACUUCAGGAAUGCAGCUUACCAACGUAGAGCAAUACAGUUUGUAGGAAACUGAGAAGUUUUUUAAACAACUUAUAAGAUGUUUUCAUAAGGGAGAAAGAAGGAAGAAAACUCUGCGAAAUAAAGAGCUCUGUGUUCUUUAUUUUAUCGCAGAACUCGGCCAAAUGCCAGAUAAGAGAGGGAAGACGGAAGUUUUAUUUCUCUUCUGCUAUAACCAUACGUGUAACUCGGAAAAUGUAAAUUGAUCAAUCUACUUUGAAAAGAAGAGGCAAUGUUUGAAAUAUCUGACAACGUAAAAUCAUGCUUCAGGAUAGAAAAGAGUAAAACAAUAGGAAAAAUGAUCGCCUGAUUCAUCAUAAACUUGUUUACAGCAAUGUUAAGAAAAUUGACUCAAAAGGUUUCAAAAGGAAAAAAAAAUUUACUAGAGUCAUCUGUUACGAGAAUGUAAUAAUCUUUAAGUAUAUGGUACAAAUAGGACGUUUCAUAUCAUAAUUACAUAACAAUUGUUACUUAUAAUUUUCCUUCAUUUACAAAUUCUUCGUUACGAAUGGGAAAAUCUCAAAGCCACACUUAUUGGCUUGUAUCGAGUUAAACCAUAAAAAUUUCAUUUUGUGUUCAUUUUGUAUCAAAACUAAGAACCUUGUAUUAAGAAAAAUUCAUUCAUCAUUCGUUCAUCUCAUCUUUAAUUACCGCUCAUAACCUAAUUGUGACGAUGGCAUGUGAGCUGUAAAGAGGCCUACUUCGGAAAUAAAAUAUAUUUUUGUUUAAAAA